UACACGCAUCCCAGGAUACCACAUCCCACUCUUUACCUACACAUACAUCCAUACAUAGUUCUUGGUCAGUUGGUCUAUGCACUAACCAACCCGCAGCCCCGUCUGCCCGUUUAUGACAAACCAUUUAACUCCUCAUGCCCAUGAACCUCUCAUAUUGCAGGAAAAUUGCACCUGCUAGUCCAGUUCCUGGACAACAACGAAUUACCGAGCCGUAUUAUGUUUAUUAUGUACCUAGUAUCCAUACCUACGCCUGCUAGGCUGCCAGGCCGCCCCCUUCCGUUGCGCCUUUCUUCGGGAUAUUCUGUCAGCAUAGACCAUCAUAGGCCAUCAUAGGACCAUCGUGAUGAAUGCAACUUGCUCAAACAAUACCUAGGGCUGAUGUACCUGGUAGUUUCGUCCUUGACCGAUCGUACUUAGACUGGGAUCGCCCCUUAGUUUCCGACUGACAUCAUUACUAUGGCCCUGGCGCCCUUUGUUAGCGAGAGGAGAAAGGGCCAGCUCUCGCACUUAGGUUUAUGCUCCCCAUCACACAAUACGCUUUGUGCUAGAUCUAAGUAAGGAUGUGCCUUGUUGCAGUAACUCUCCGAUUUAUCAGCUAUUAUAUUCAUCCCAGCUGAAACUUAUAUAUCGUCUAACUUCUGCCACUCUCUCACCUUACCCCUGUGAAGGUGAAAAUUAUUAUCUAAACUUACUUAGCACAACCACACGUUUCUUGUGUAGUACCUAGACAUUUUUAUCUUUCGAAGCUAUGCCCUCCAUUGUUGAAACGUCAUAUGAGCCUCUGCGGUCCAACCCACAAUCCAAGCUGGAAGGGGGGGCUAGUAAAUCCGUGGGACGGCAACCCCAACUUGAUAUCAUUGAUAUCCGACACGCCGCUGUUGAAAUAAACGUCAAGGGGGAGAUACCCAAGUUGCUUCGCCCGCAGGAAGGACCUCGGAGGUUGCCGACCCUACUACUCUACGACGAGAAAGGUCUACAGCUAUUCGAAAAGAUUACAUACUUGGAAGAGUAUUACUUAACAAACUACGAGAUCCAAGUCUUACAGCGUUCAGCUGCUGCGGUUGCCAAGGCAAUUCCAUCUGGAUCCCUGGUACUUGAGCUCGGCAGCGGCAACUUGAGGAAGGUAGCCCUUCUGCUCCAGGCCCUUGAAGACGCUGGCAAGAAGAUUGACUACUAUGCUCUCGAUUUAUCGGAAGAUGAGUUGUCAAGGACUCUAGCUCAGGUUCCAACCUUUCGUCAUGUCCGAUGUCACGGGCUCUUGGGAACAUACGAUGAUGGCCGUGAAUGGCUAAAGAGGCCGCAGAUCUCCUCAAAACGCAAGUGUGUUUUGUCUCUCGGAUCUAGCAUUGGUAACUUCCACCGGGACGAAGCAGCCUCGUUUUUGAAAGGUUUCGCCGAUGUACUACAGCCAGCGGAUAGCUUUUUGAUUGGUCUAGACUCCUGCACCGAUCCCUCCAAGGUCUAUCACGCAUACAAUGACAGCAACGGCAUCACACACAGGUUUAUCCUGAAUGGACUAACCCAUGCAAAUGAAAUUCUCGGGCGCAAGGAAUUUGACCUAGAUGAGUGGCAGGUCAUCGGCGAAUAUGUGUAUGAUAACGAAGGGGGGCGACAUCAAGCAUUCUAUUCGCCCAUCCGCGAUGUUGUCGUUUUGGGAGAGACCAUCAAAGCACAUGAACGUGUCCAAGUUGAGCAGAGCCUGAAGUACUCGAAGGAGGGCUGCAGAAACUUAUGGAGGUCUGCUGGUAUGAUCGAAGCUGAUCGUUGGAUGACCACGGACGAAAUUUACGGACUUCAUCUGUUGACCAAGCCAAACAUGUCCUUCAGUCUAAACCCUACCGAAUAUGCUCAGUCUCAUAUACCGACUCUGAGCGACUAUGAAACGUUAUGGGCAACCUGGGACAUCGUCACCAGGCGUAUGAUGCCCAACGAGGAAUUAUUGGAGAAACCCAUACAACUUCGAAAUGCUUGCAUUUUCUAUCUUGGUCAUAUACCGACUUUCCUUGACAUCCAGCUGACUAAGACAACCAAGAACCCUCCUACAGAACCGGCCUUCUACUACUCUAUUUUUGAAAGAGGAAUAGACCCAGAUGUCGAUAACCCUGAGCAUUGUCAUCAACAUUCGGAAAUUCCGGAAGAAUGGCCACCUGUAGAGGAGGUCAUAGAGUACCAGGGGCGGGUAAGAGAUAGGCUGAGAAGCAUAUACUCGGUAGGAUUAGAGAAUAUCCCUAGGAAUAUUGGGAGAGCUAUCUGGGUGGGCUUCGAACAUGAGAUCAUGCAUUUAGAGACUUUACUCUACAUGAUGCUACAAAGCGAUAAGACCCUUCCACCACCUCACACAAAUCGACCUGAUUUCGAGGCUCUGGCUCAAGAAGCAUAUGCCGCCAGGGUUAACAACGAGUGGUUUAAUAUCCCAGAACAAGAUAUCACAAUAGGGCUUGAUGACCCCGAUGAAUUGCUGCAUUCUAGCAAGCAUUUUGGGUGGGAUAAUGAGAAACCGUCAAGGCGUGUACAAGUUCAUAGCUUCCAAGCAAAAGGAAGACCCAUUACUAACGAAGAGUACGCACUAUACAUGUACAACACGAAGGAAGCAAAGCUCCCUACUUCUUGGGCCGACGCAAAUUCGACUAAAGCCAGUGAUGGUGAUGUGAAAAUAGAAAAGCAAGAGAAUGGGCACACAAACGUCUCCAAGAAUGGUCAUACUAACGAACACUCCAACGGGGACUUCAAUCAAGGUGCCAUCCCUGAAUCAUUCUUGGAAGGCAAAUCAGUACGUACCGUUUACGGGUUGGUGCCGUUGAAAUAUGCCCUCGACUGGCCGAUAUUUGCAUCAUAUGAUGAACUCACCGGAUGUGCCGCUUGGUUGGGAGGUCGGAUCCCCUCAUUUGAGGAAGCCCGGAGCAUAUACGCUUACGUUGACAACACGAAGAGGAAGGAUGCAGAGCGCAAGCUUGGCAAAACGGUUCCAGCAGUGAAUGCUCACCUGCUCAACGAUGGCGUCGAAGAAACUCCGCCAUCGGAGGCUCCUCGUAUCGAUGGCGGCUCAUCUGAAAAUGACGAGCUGUUCAUCGACCUAGCCGACGCCAACGUCGGCUUCCGUCACUGGCACCCCGUUGCCGUGACCGCUCACGGAAAUCGCCUAGCAGGCCAGGCCGAAAUGGGAGGCGUAUGGGAGUGGACCAGCUCCCCGCUCAGGAAGCACGAAGGCUUCGAGCCCAUGGCGCUAUACCCCGCGUAUACCGCCGAUUUCUUUGACGACAAGCACAAUAUCGUCCUCGGCGGCUCUUGGGCCACUCAUCCCCGCAUCGCGGGGAGAAAGACCUUUGUCAACUGGUACCAACGCAACUACCCCUACCCCUGGGUCGGCGCCAGGAUUGUCCGAGACAUCGACAACAACAAUAACCAAUAACUACCUAGGUAGAUACACUUGGACCGUCUACGUUCUUUGGAAAAGGGCAAGCCCCUACCUAUGGAGAGAAUAGGGGAGAAAAUGGUUGUUGUGAUGAGUGUGCAUGGCUCGUUUUCUUGUGAAAAUUUCCUUACCUAGCAGCGCAACUCCCUCAUUUAUUUGCUUGUUGGUCAGUUGGUCGUCGGCUUAUUUGUCUGUCUUUUUGAGCUUGCGGAAAUUUUUGCAUCACGAUCAUCAGGUUAUGCAGCACUGGACCUUAUUUAUGUAGUGUUCUUUACAUCCAUAGGUACGAAUCUAUUCAUGCGUCUCUAUUAUCAGGU